AUGGCAAGGAGGAGCUGUGAGUGGUACGUGGAGGUGCUUCCGUUUAUAGCAAUGGUGGGGAUAGACAGCAUAGUUGUGGGAGUCUACACGAUGUUCAAAGCAGCCACGUUGAGAGGGUUGAGCCACCAUGUCUUCCUUGUCUAUGCUUAUGCUCUCUCUGCUCUUCUUCUUCUUCCUGCUCCCUUCAUGUCCUAUAGAUCAAGAGCACUUCCUCCUCUCAGCUUGGCCAUACUAGCCAAAAUUGGUCUUCUUGGCCUCAUUGGGGGUUUAGCACAGAUCAUGGGCUAUGCUGGGAUUAGUUUGAGUUCUCCAACGCUUGGUUCAGCCCUCAGCAAUCUCACUCCAGCUCUCACUUUUAUACUCGCCAUCCUUUUCAGGAUGGAGAAAGUAUCACUGAAGAGAAAAGGCAGUCAGGCCAAGAUCAUUGGGACCGCUCUGUCCAUAUCUGGUGCAUUUGUUGUCACUCUCUAUAAGGGUCCUCCAAUAAUUAGCACGGCUUUGAAAUGGCCUCUCUCAUUUGAUCCGCUUCUGAGCGCGUCAAGCUCGAACUGGCUCCUGGGAGGGAUAUUUCUCAUGGCCGAAUACAUUCUUGUGCCAUUGUACUACAUUGUUCUGGCACAGGUAAUGGAGGACUAUCCAGCUGAACUGACUGUGACCUUCUUUCAUAAUAUGUGCGGGUGCUUCAUUGCUGCAGUCGUUGCUCUAGUUGCAGAACAUGACACUAAUGCUUGGAGAGUAAGCGAUAUAGGACUCGCCUCUGUAAUAUGCUCGGGACUUUUCACGCAGUGCUUGCGCAACUGUGUUCACACCUGGGCGAUCCGCCUGAAAGGUCCCUUCUAUGUUGCGAUGUUCAAGCCGGCAUCCGUCGUCAUCGCCAUCAUAAUGGGCUUCUUCUUUCUUGGUGAUGCGAUUCAUCUUGGAAGUCUCAUAAGUGCGACCAUACUGUCCAUUGGGUUCUGUAUCGUAAUGUGGGGGAAGGCAAAAGAGGAAGUGGUUGAGGAGUCUGUAGAGAGUGGGUUCGAAUCACCGUCCUUUCAAGAAGUCCCUCUACUGCGAUGACCGCUAACACAGAUCAAGUGAAGAGCAAAUUUCUUGAGAUGGAUUGAAGAUAGGUGCUGCUUGGAAGCUUUGUGGAAAGGAUUCCUCGCCCUCAGUAAGCCUGGACAAGUUGGUGUCCGUGUCGUGCUUAUCAUUGGUCUGAGUCCAAGGAUCAAACAGUGAUUUCCGGUCGAUCCCCGAGAAACCAGAUUGCUUGUUCAAACCAUUGAUAGGUGUGGUUGAAAGGCGUCGCUCCAAGCACUAAACCGAGCUGUGGCGUGCAAGAAUAACUAGUAUCUUGCUUCCGGUAUGGUCCAUUUUGAAGCGCAGAAGUCUC